AUGUUCUUCUUCAAGCGGAACCUCCCGAAGAUGGGGGUUGCUGUUUCAAAUAGCAGCAAAGGAGGGGGAACUCCUGAUGCUGCUGCUACUGAAGGGCACGUCGAGAGGAAGAGGCUUUUAGGUCGCCUGCUGGCUCUGCAGUACUUCUCAAUACAUGGCAGAAAUGCAUCAAAAGCAAACCGCUUCAUCGUCGGUGACCUUAUCGGCUACGGAUCCUUCGGCGAGGUUAGCGACUGUGUGGAUGCCCAAACGGGCGUGCAUUAUGCAGUCAAGAUCAUCAAGCAGGGCUCUCGACUGAGAGGGAAGAACACAACGCGGAGGCGUUUUAAAAGAGAGGUGGAGAUUUUGUCGAUGCUGAACCACAGAAAUAUCGUCAAGUUGCACGACUCCUUUGAAGACAAAAAGUACUUCUAUUGUGUUUUAGGGAAAUGCGAGGGGCUGAGUCUCGCGAGUUAUAUAAUAAAAAGAAAACAUCUUGAUGAAAAUACAGCUGCCGGUCUAUGCAAACAAAUACUGGAGGCUCUUUCUUAUCUUCAUUCUCUUAACAUAAUGCACAGGGAUGUGAAGGCAGAGAACUUCAUGUUCGAAUCGGCAGACGAAGACGCCCCUUUGAUUCUCCUCGACUUUGGCAUUUCUCUCGUCGUCCCACCAUCUGCCCUACAUCAACACACUGUAUCUAUCAUGCGUGUGGCAACCGGUGCACUUCCUGUUACUAUAAAAACAAUGUUGAUCUGUGCAACAGUGUAA